CGUUAGAUCCUUUGGCCAAUAUAAUGUUAAAUGUGGAAUUGUGUUUAUGCUCUCUACGUGACAUCGAUAACAAUUUCAAGCUUAUCAAAGUACUAGCAAUUAUUAUUGAUUUAUUCUUUUCCUAUCGAUUUUAGAUGGUUUAUAAAGCACAUGUCUUGGAGGGCGGUGAUACUUCGGUACAAGAAAAUGUUUCUAAUAAUUCACCAUCUGAUAUUAUCCCUCAAAUGGGGGAUAUUCCUGAUGAAACAACAUUAUUAACCAAUAUCCAAACAUAUUUUUCUGACAAAAAAGUUCAGAUCCCAGAUUCUGAUAAAGAAAGUUUCAGCUUCAAAAAGUUAUGGGCUUUCACAGGUCCAGGUUUCUUAAUGUCAAUUGCUUAUUUAGAUCCAGGGAAUAUAGAAAGUGAUUUGAAAAGUGGAUCUGUUGCUCAAUAUAAGUUGUUAUGGAUUUUAUUAUCUGCAACUUUGUUAGGUUUGAUGAUGCAAAGACUUGCUGCAAGGUUAGGAGUGGUCACUGGUCUUCAUCUUGCUGAAAUGUGUUACAGACAAUAUAAGACAGUUCCUAGAAUUAUUUUAUGGUUAAUGAUAGAAAUUGCCAUUAUUGGAUCUGACAUGCAAGAAGUUAUUGGAACUGCAAUCGCUUUAUAUUUACUCUCAAAUAAAUGGAUCGCUAUCUGGCAGGGAGUUUUAAUUACAAUCAUAGAUACCUUCACCUUUUUAUUUCUUGAUAAAUAUGGUCUUAGAAAAUUAGAAUUAGUAUUUGGUACACUGAUAACAAUCAUGGGAUUAAGUUUUGGCUAUGAAUUUUUUGUAUCUAAACCUAAUCACUAUCAAGUUUUAGAAGGAAUGUUCACUCCAUGGUGUAAAGAUUGUGAUUCUAGUGCAUUACUGCAGGCUGUUGGUAUUGUUGGGGCAGUCAUAAUGCCUCAUAAUUUAUACCUUCACUCAGCUCUAGUCAAAUCCAGAGAUAUUGAUAGAACCAAACCAGCAAAAGUUAGGGAUGCCAAUUUUUAUUUUUUUAUUGAAGCUGCAAUUGCGUUAGCUGUUAGUUUUAUAAUCAACGUAUUUGUGGUGUCAGUCUUUGCACAUGGGUUAUAUCACACAACAAAUUCUGAUAUGAGGAAGAAAUGUAUGAAGUACCCAUCAAUCAAUGCAACUAUAUUUCCAAACGACAACGAGUUUGUUGACGCAGACCUAUACAAAGGAGGAAUAUUUUUGGGCUGCACCUACGGAUUAGCAGCAUUGUAUAUCUGGGGAAUUGGUAUUUUAGCUGCUGGACAGAGUUCUACUAUGACAGGUACAUAUGCUGGACAAUUUUCCAUGGAGGGGUUCCUCAACCUUCAGUGGCCUAGAUGGAAACGUGUUCUUUUCACCAGAUCUAUAGCCAUUAUCCCCACUUUUUGUCUAGCCUUUUUCAGCGAAGUAGGAGAUUUAACCAGUAUGAAUGAUAUUCUCAACGCGAUCAUGAGCUUGCAGUUACCGUUUGCAACCAUACCUACCAUAGCUUUCACCAGUAAUCCUCAAAUAAUGGGAGACUUCGUGAAUGGAUGGUCGAACAAAAUAGCAGCGAUAUUGUUAAGUAUAGUCGUCAUAGCGAUCAAUACCUUCUUCGUGAUACAAACUGUCCAACAUUAUGCUACAUGGCCCUGGCUGGUUUUAGUCGCCAUUAUAGGAAUUUUAUAUUUAAUAUUUUGCGUUUAUUUGGUUUUACACAUGGCUGUUUCAAUGGGAUGCGAAAGUUUGCUAAAAUAUGAUUUCAUAAGCAAUUACGUUGUGGGACCUGUAAACUCUCAACUAACGGUACAACCAAUCAACUAUUCAAGCCUAAAGCGUGUAAAUACCUAUGUAACAGACAGGAAUCCUGAUUUAUUAGACGAGCCAAUCAGAGCUAUCUCUGCCGAAUAGCGACACUGUCAGUGAAAGAUUCUGAAUGAUAUCCUAGCAACCUUCCUCUCUUUAUAUAUAAGAUCCAUAUAUCUUCAUAUUUUGUGAUGGAUUUUUUAUUUACCAAUUCAAAUGUAUAAAAAGUUGUUUUAAAUAAAAUAUUUGAGUCA